AUGGAUUCAGUACAGCCUUCCCGCGGCCGGUCGCCAUCGCUUAACAUAAAGCAAAGCCACUCUCCAUCGCCAUCCCCUGCUCGCGCCUACAACAAUAACCUCCAAGCCAUCUCGAGCAACCACAACAUCGGCCUUGGCCUCAUCGACCCCUCUUCCCAGCAAUUCUCCUCGCAGCCUGGCUUCUCCGCCUAUAGCAACGGUUACCUAGCUACCACUCGACCUGGGCUAGAACAGCAAAGCCUCGCCUUUGAUCACAAUCAAUCCUUCGUAGACCAGCUAAAGACCGAGCCUGCCAACCCCCCCUUCAACCAAGGCUAUCUAGAUCCCCAGCAAGCCUACGGCGAGGAUUUUACCAUAUACCCCUCAUCAACGUCGGAACAGCUCUCCACCCCGCUGUUUGAUCAGCAAGAGCAGUACGGCGUACAAGACAUCAACAUGGCUACCUCACAGGCAUCGCACAGCCCUACCCCUCCUCAUCUCCUCACUAUUGACGCACUCCCGGGCUCGGCCCACCAGUCUCCAUCAUUCAAUACCCACCAAUUUGUCCCGCCCACUGGGCGCCACUCCCGGCAUGUCUCUCUCAGGCCUGAGGCUGCUCUGCUCCCGGGCCAAGAAUGGACGGGGCCCCAUUUCCAAGGACACCGGCGAAACGGCUCCGAGUUUUCCGACGCCUCAUCCAUCGGAGGACAUUCACCAUCCAUAGCGGGCCAGGACACAUUUUCCGAUCCUGCAGAUCAGAUUACGAGCUCUCCCAUGCUACAACCGGAAGAGGCCGGCGACGUGUACCGGGAGCUGCGUGGCAUCAACAGUUUCAGCAUCUCAAACAACCAAGCGGGCCGCAGCCCCUCUCACAGUCCCGCCAUCUCGCCACGACUUCUGCCCCAGUCGGUGGCAGAGAUGGGCACAGCUUCUGGUUUUUUGCUGCAAAACCAAACCGACAGCUAUUCGUACUACAUGCCAUCCGGCCAUGGCUCUGAGGCCUUUCCACAGCUGCCCAAUAGCGACAUCCCCCAGCAAAUGUCUCAGAUGUCGGCGCCGAAAAUCGAAAUACAAUAUGCACCGCCCAACACGGCCAACCGCAAUGCCUUUGCAGGCAAGCCGGUCAUGGACACGGAUGCGCUGACACCCCCCGACCGAGGACGUCAAAGACGCCGUGCGAUCACAGACCCAUACAACGGCGGAGGGAUGGCAGUGGGCCAUCAGCACAAUGCCGGCAGUCUCUCGCCGCAUAUGAGAGGCGAUCAAACACCACGUUCCGACAGCUCUCGAUCCUUGUCUCCCUUUGAGCGAUCAGGCAGCGCGGUUGCUGGAAACCGGCGGCGGCUAUCGUACGUCGGCCGUCCCCCCAACAACGCCAUGGCUCUGCGGCUGGCGGAUCCAGAUUUCGCUGCGGCGGGGACAAUGGACAAUGGUAUCGUCAACGGUGCGACAGGGACAGGCGCGAAGCGCGCCCAGAAGCACCCGGCAACAUUCCAAUGCUCGCUGUGUCCAAAACGCUUCACGCGGGCGUACAACCUGCGCUCGCACUUGCGCACACACACAGACGAGCGACCGUUUGUCUGCUCCUUCUGCAGCAAGGCGUUUGCGAGACAGCACGACCGGAAGCGACACGAGGGCCUUCACAGUGGCGAGAAGAAGUUUGUGUGCAAAGGCGAUCUCAAGAUCGGGGGCGAGUGGGGGUGCGGCCGCCGGUUUGCGCGCGCCGAUGCUCUCGGCCGACACUUCCGAUCAGAGGCCGGACGGAUCUGCAUCAAGCCGCUGCUCGACGAAGAGACUCUCGAGCGGCACCGGGCUUGGCAGGAGCAAAACAUGGCGGCCCAAGCGGCUGCACAGCAGAACAUGAUGCUCUCGCAACCUCCGCCGCAGGUCGACCCGAACACAGGCUAUCCGAUGGAUGCUUCGGGCAACUACAUUCUCCCGGCGGCACUGUUGGCGCAAUACCCGGCUUUGGCACAGGUGAACUGGGCAGCUGUCGACAUGAGCGGCGCAGGAUCGGGAAUGGAAGACGAUAUCAGCGGGCGCAGCAACUUUGACGCGAGCGACUUGGACGACGGUGAUGAUGGUGGCUAUGUUUCCGGGCCUGGCACCGGCUAUGGUGAGGGCGGGAUGGGCGAGAAUUUUGGCGACAUGGGCUAUGCAUCUGAUUAUGGUGGCCGUUGA